AGAAGUCAAAGACGCUGUUUAAGGAGGGUGGGUUUAAUCUACGCAAAUUUGUUACUAAUUCUGAGAGUCUAAGAGUCAAGAUUAAGGAGCAUCAAAAGUCAAGUACUAGUACUAAUGAACAAGACAUGUCUGAUACUGAUACUACUUUGAGAAAGGAUCAAAGUGACACAGAAAGAGAAAGGGAGCAUAAGGUCUUGGGAGUGUUGUGGGAUCCAAUGAGGGAUGAGAUUAUUGUAGGAUUUGGAGAAAUAGCCUUAGAAGCGCACUCUGUGAAUCCAACCAAGAGAUCUAUUGUUAGCAUUGUAGGGAAAUUCUAUGAUCCCUUGGGUAUCCUAUCUCCAGUGAUAAUCAGAUUCAAGAUUUUGUUUCAAGAGCUUUGUAGAGAAAAGAGGGAUUGGGAUGAACCAAUCACUGGACCCCUUCUGACUCGAUGGCACAUGUUGAUUAAUGAUUUGAAAGCGAGUGAGUCUGUGAGAAUCAAAAGAUGCGUGAGUGAACAACAGGGAAUGUGUGAAUUGAUUGGAUUUUGUGAUGCAUCUAUGGCUGCCUAUGCAGCAGUAGUGUAUCUUAAGGAUGGUAAUGGAGUGGUGAGAGUAAUAGCUGCAAAAACGCGAGUAGCUCCACUCAAGACUCAAUCAGUACCAAGAUUGGAACUUCUGGCUGCCUUGUUAUUGUCACGGUUAAUAGAGAAUGUGCUUGAGAGUGUGAGUAUGGUGCUUGCGAUAUCACGUGUCACGUGUUACACUGACUCUCAGAUUGUAUGGCAUUGGAUCAGAGGAGAGGACAAGUCAUGGAAACCUUUUGUCCAGAAGAGGGUGAAAGAAAUUCGACAGCAUACGUCUAUACAAUCUUGGAAACACUGCGCAGGCGCGAGCAAUCCAGCUGAUAUCCCAUCCAGAGGAAUUGCAAUAAUGGAGUUGUCAGAAAGCAAUGUCUGGUGGAAUGGACCUGAGUGGUUGGGAGCAGAAGCAACAGAUGAGACUGAAGUACCCAUGCCUAAAAAAUGCAUGGAGGAAUUGAGAGUUAAAGAUUGCGAAACGAGUCACGGAUUAACGGCGAAUAGUGAACAAAGAGGGCUGAUUAAGAUCAUUAGCAUUGAACGAUUCAGUAGUAUUAAGAAAUUGUUGCGCGUCACAGCUUAUGUUUUUAGGUUUAUCAAUCGAUUGAGAGGAGCGGAGUGUGGCAAUAUAAUUACUGCCUCUGAGAUGAACGAUGCAGAAAUGUUAUGGAUUAAAGAGAUACAAGAAUCAAGUCCAGAGAUGAGAAAAUGGAAAGAACAGUAUGGAGCCUUUAAAGACCAGCAGGGAAUCUGGAGAUGUGGGGGCAGAAUUGAUAAUGCAGAGGUGACAUUUGAAGUAAAACACCCCAUACUACUACCUAAUCGGCAUUACUUUACAAAACUAGUAGUAAAGAGGGCACAUGAGAGACUAAUGCAUAGUGGGGUCAAAGAAACCCUUACUGAAUUGAGAAGUAAAUAUUGGGUUCCAAGAGGGAGAUCAUUGGUUAGACUAUUUAUUCAUUAUUGUGUAUUGUGUAGAAAGUUUAGAGCAUUGCCUUACAAGGCCCCAUUACCACCUCCUCUCCCAGAUUUCAGAGUAAAAGAAUGUCAACCUUUUAUGUUUACAGGAGUUGACUAUGCAGGGCCUUUACACUUAAGGGAGGGUAAAAGCACUCAAAAGGUUUGGAUAUGUCUGUUUACCUGUGCUGUAAUAAGAGCAGUACAUUUAGAUGUAGUGCCUAAUUUGUCCUCUAAGUCUUUUGUUAGGUGUUUUAAAAGGUUUUCAGCCAGACGUGGUCUCCCAGAGAAGAUCAUCUCAGACAACGGUACUACAUUUAAAGGAGCAUCAAAAACAGUACAAAGAAUAAUGAAGGAACAGGAAGUGCGAGAAUACCUCACUGAUAAAGGAAUUGCCUGGACAUUUAACAUAGAAAAGGCCCCUUGGUGGGGAGGAUUCUUUGAAAGAAUGAUUCAAAUGAUGAAACGUUGUGUCAGGAAGAUUAUUGGUCGUGCAGUUCUAACUUACGAAGAAUUAUUGACCGUUAUUGCAGAGGUAGAGCUGAUUAUUAAUUCUAGACCACUUACCUACCUGACAGCAUCUGAUACAGAAGAGCCAUUAACUCCAUCCCACUUACUGACUGGACGUAGGAUAAUGAGCUUGCCAGAUCAUCUGUCAUAUCAUUCGGAUGAGAGUUAUGAGCUUAAUCCUGACCCCAUUUUACUCAAUAAGCAUAUGAAGUUCUUGAAUACUACCGUGAACAGAUUCUGGAGUAGAUGGAAGAAGGAGUAUCUUCUGGAGUUAAGGGAAAUUCACAAGAAUACAAGGGCAAGAAAGAUCACUCCAAUCUCAGAAGGAGACAUAGUUAUUGUCCAUUCUGAAGACUUACCACGAGCUUUCUGGAGAUUGGGAAAAAUUGAGAAACUCUUCAGUGGUAGGGAUGGAAAUAUCCGAGGAGCGUCGGUACGUGUGCAUGGAAGGGAUGGAUCGACCUUACUAAGACGCCCUAUACAGUUGUUAUAUCCACUGGAGAUUGUUCACAGGUCAAACUCACAAAGUACAGAAAUCCUACCGAGUCCAUCACCUACACAACCAGAGCAUGCAGAGUUGGGAGAAACGAGACCACAACGAUCAGGAGCAAGAGAUGCACGAGCCAGAAUUGUUGCUCAAACAUUGAAUGAUUAA